GCCCCCCGCGGAUCCUCGUACGGGGCCCUCUUCCACGCGAUCCUCGUCCUCGCCUUCCUCCUCCCCUUCGUCUUCAUCCUCGCCGCCGUCGUCACGCUCGAGGGGGUCGACAGCUGCUCGUCUUUCGAUUGUUUGGGAAGGCGGCUGGGACCAAAGUUUCUCGGUAGAAGUAGAGACAAUUCAGCGAGAAUUGUAAGAGACUUGUAUAAGAUAUUUGAAGAAGUAAACCUUGUGGAAAUUCCGGUAGGAGUCAAGUUGCCAGAAUCGUUCACUGAGUUUAUUUCUGAAAUGAAGAAUGACCAAUAUGAUGCAAAGACAUUUGCUAUAUAAUUAAAGGCCAUGAUGGAGCUUAUGGAUAGGGAGAGAAAAAGGUCAAGAUUGGCAGAACAGUUGCACAAACAUUUGGCAGCAAGUGCUAUCCCAAAAGGCAUUCAUUGUCUCUCCUUACGUUUGACUGACGAGUACUCAUCCAAUGCUUAUGCAAGGAAACAGCUCCCACCCCAAGAAUUGCUACCUUUGCUAACUGACAACUCCUACCAGCAUUUUGUUCUAGCCACUGAUAAUGUCCUUGCAGCUUCAGUAGCUGUCAACUCAGCUGUGGCAUCUUCUUCAAGACCCGAAAGAAUUGUCUUUCAUGUUAUAACCGAUAAAAAGACUUAUCCAGGGAUGCACUCGUGGUUUGCUUUGUAUCCUAUUUAUCCAGUGAUUGUCAAGGUGAAAGGCGUUCAUCAGUUUGACUGGUUGACAAGAGAGAAUGUUCCUGUUCUUGAAGCUAUAGAGAACCACCAUGCUGUUAGAAGCCACUAUCAUGGGAAUCAUAUAGUGGGUACUAAUGUCACAGAUAACCCUAAGGUUUUUGCUUCCAAACUACAGUCUAGGAGUCCUAAGUAUAUUUCACUACUGAAUCAUCUUCGUAUAUACCUGCCUGAGCUCUUUCCUAAUCUCGACAAGGUGGUCUUUCUUGAUGAUGAUGUCGUUAUUCAGCGUGACUUGUCACCUCUUUGGGAGAUUGACCUUGAAGGAAAGGUAAAUGGCGCUGUCGAAACUUGUAAUGGGGAAGAUGGAUGGGUGAUGUCCAAGCGCUUCAGGACUUAUUUCAAUUUCUCUCAUCCCCUCAUAUUCAAAAAUUUGGAUCCUGAUGAAUGUGCAUGGGCCUUCGGGAUGAAUGUCUUCGACUUGGCUGCUUGGAGGAAGACAAACAUCAGGGAUGCAUAUCAUUAUUGGGUGAAGAAGAAUCUGAGGUCAAACUUGAGUUUGUGGAAGCUUGGAACUUUACCUCCGGCAUUGAUUGCAUUCAGAGGCAAUGUGCAUCCCAUUGACCCUUCAUGGCAUAUGCUUGGUCUGGGGUAUCAGGAGAAGUCUAACCUAGAUAGUGUAAGGAAUUCUGCUGUGAUUCAUUAUAAUGGACAGUGCAAGCCAUGGCUAGAUAUUGGAUACAAACACCUGCAGCCUUUCUGGACAAAGCAUGUAAACUACUCCAAUGAAUUUAUAAGAAACUGUCACAUAUUGGAGCCUGAAGAAUAGAUCAGAAAUAUGGCAAAAAAGUUACAAAAAAAAGAGGAUUAUUAAGUUGAGGAGCAAUGUGGUAGCAAAGCAAUGCCCCUCACUCUACAGUUAACCGAAACUAAUUGCAUUUCAGAUGGUAAAAGAUAAUUCUUUUCCUUCGUAACUGAAACUAAUUGCAUUUCAGAUGGUAAAAGAUAGUUCUUUUCCUUUGUAUCAUAAUUGAUCCAAGCAAUGAAGCACAUUGAUUUUUUGGAUGGGUGUUGCAGCAGAUUGCAGUGAUUAGUAAAUACAGAAGCAAAGGCGCAGCUUAAAUGGUCAUCGUUGAGUUGUUUCUGAGAAUCACCCGGAUCUCUUAUUUUUCUAUUUUGUCCUUUUCCCACAAUUUUACUUUAUCCAAAUUUUGUUUAUUUUUUGUUUUUGUUUUCAUCUAAUUGUUUUGAGGAUUGGUGUAUUUGUAUUCCAUUGUAUUGAGAGACUUAGGAUAUUGGUUGGACUUGUGGUUCCAAGAGAUACUGAAAUGUGCAGAUAAUUCUUUGGCUUUU